AUGGAGCCACAGAGCAGCAGCACUGGCCAGCAGCGCCGGGGCCAAUCGAUCCGGCCUGAAGAUGUUCAAGCCAAUGACAGGGGUGAAGAGAGUUGUGCUGAGCACUCCCCGGAAACCGUUAAACAAAUGACAUCAGAUACACCAAGUUCAGGACAACCGAGUUCUGAUGUUACCAAUGCCGCGAGGAGCUGGGACCCUCUCGAAUAUUCGAGGAUGGGGCCUUACAUGAGACCUGAGUCCCCAAUGGACUAUUCAGCAUUGCAAAUGGCACUGCCUCCUGAAAUAUACGGCUUUUCCGACGGACACGACCCCUACUUUCCCUCCAACAAUCCUUUCGAUGCUGGGCUGGCCUACAUCGACGAGGCGCAGCACCAAGAAUAUGCGGAUUCAGAUAGUGUUCCGCUGACAUCACAGGCACAAGCCAUAUCCGGUGCCUCUGCGAAUGAUCGAAUCGAGCCGAUAUCACAUACUGGCUUUCCUCCUUCCCCCGAUUUGGGAAAUGGCAAUACUAGAGGGAGGCAGACGCUACGAGCGUCCGAUCAAAAGCCGCUCAGCCUUGGCAGCAGUCGCAACCGCGCUUACGGUAUGACUCUUGUUCCAGGAGAAACACGUACUUCCCGCUCGCCAUCCCCGUCCGGGGCAUUUCAGCGCGCUGGCUCGAUUGUACGAGCAAUGUCACAAAGAGUCGUCAAUAUUAGCGGAGAAAGUGAAGUGGCAGUCCAUCAGCGCGUAUCAUUGCAAGCCGCAAGGAACUCGCAAGCAACCGACGGGGCUAUAUAUGAACAUUCUGGAGGUAAUAUGGACUCGAUGCAAGUGGUCACUUCUUAUCAGCCCCAAAUUGGCGUACCGGCAGGCGAAAAAGGUAUGAGCCACGGCGCUGCAACUUUGCCGCAUCGUCCCCCGGGAGGCUCCACCAACCCUUUGAAAGGGCAUUCCCUCGGAUUCUUCUCUCCUCGAAGUAAAAUUCGAAUUGAACUUUGCAAUGUUCUUGUGAAUCCAUACACAGAACCAAUUAUCUUACUACUGAUUGUUCUCCAGACAAUUCUGCUGGCUGUUGAAUCUGGACCAAGUGUAUUCACACCAGGUCAUGAGCGACCUAAGCGGUUUGGUGGCAGGGCGAUGGACUGGGCAAUGCUAGCCCUUUUCAUUGUGUUCACUCUGGAAAUAGGAGCGCGUAUUGUCGUGUCUGGAUUUGUCAUGAAUGCCGCAGAGUACAGCACAAUCGAUCGGAAGAAAGGAGUUCGUGCUAUCAUUUCGGAACAAUAUCGGACGUUCUUUCAACCGCAGCGCCAAGGAUCAGUGAAGGGUACUCGUCAGAUAUCUCCUGAUCAACCAACCAUUGCUCGAUCUUUCACGACUUUCAUGCAUGGCCCUCCUGGUGCACCAGAAACUGUGGAAGCUCAGAUGCGCUUCCAGCUUGCGCGGCGAGCAUUUCUUCGCCAUUCCUUCAACAGACUGGAUUUUAUUGCCGUCGUUUCAUUCUGGACCACCUUUAUAUUGGGCAUUACUGGCUUAGAGAGUCACCACCACUUGUACAUUUUCAAGAUGCUUAGCUGUCUUCGCAUCCUGCGCCUACUUUCCCUCACGCACGGUACGGCAAUUAUACUCCGAAGUCUAAAAAAGGCUGCACCGCUGCUCGUGCGUGUUGCUUUUCUCCUGUGCUUUUUUUGGCUUUUGUUUGCCAUUAUCGGCGUUCAAAGCUUCAAGUCUAGUUUUAGUCGCCAAUGCAUUUGGCUAGACCCGCUUCAACCGACGAAUUUAUCAGCUGCCUUUACGAACGACGACCAGCUUUGCGGGGGCUAUUUGAACAACGAUACUGGCGCAAUCAUGCCUUGGGUCAAGUUCGGGACCCCGGAUUUGCUGGAUGAGCUUGUUCCCGGCGUGGGGAAAGGCAAAGGCUUCAUUUGUCCCCGGGGGUCGCUUUGCCUUCAGCAGGAUAACCCGUCCAAUGGCACCGUGAAUUUUGACAACAUUUUGCAAUCUCUGGAGCUAGUGUUUGUUAUCAUGAGCGCAAAUACCUUUUCGGAUCUCAUGUAUAAAACAAUGGCUUCUGAUUACCAGCAAGCUGCACUUUUCUUCGGCGCUGGCAUCAUGAUCAUGACACUUUGGCUUACCAAUCUUCUCAUUGCAGUCAUUACCUCGUCUUUUCAAGUCAUCAGGGAAGAGAGCAAAGGAAGCGCGUUUACUUCGGAUCAUCAAUCGUCCAUCCAACCACAUUUUGAGGACCGUGGUCGGAAGUCUACACUUCGACUCCUUGUUGAGAGGACUAAACUUCUGUUCACGCUGAUUGUUGUGUUUGGACUGAUUUGCCAGGCAUGCCGUAGCGCUCGAAUGUCACAAUCUCGCGAAAGGUUCAUUGAUGGCGCUGAAGUUGCUGUCACUCUCCUUUUGGAUAUCGAGAUAGCAGCGCGACUGGCUUCAAAUUGGCGAAAUUUCCACCGAAGCUGGGCGAACCUGUUUGACCUCGGACUGACAAUCACCACUACCGUCAUACUUAUCCCACCAAUCCGCCACACAUCGGCAUACUGGUGGCUUACCGUCUUUCAAAUCGUCCGUGCCUACCGAAUUGUGUUAGCGGUGCCGAUGACGCGAAAACUUAUCCUUCUUGUGCUUGGUAAUGCUGCCGGUAUUGCGAACCUGAUGUUGUUUGUCUUUUUGAUGACAUUCCUUGUAUCGAUUUUUGCCUCGCAACUGUUUCGAGGCGAGAUUCCGGUGUUCAACGAUGGUGGCGGACUCAAUCGCAUAUCCUUUUUCACCAUUUACAACUCAUUCCUGGGAAUGUACCAGAUACUAUCCAGUGAGAAUUGGACCGACAUUCUUUACUCAGUCACCUCUUACGCACAUGGCUAUAAGACUGGCUGGAUUGGCGCCACAUUUUUGAUCGGCUGGUUUACGCUGUCGUACUUCAUUCUGGUCAACAUGUUCAUUGCUGUUAUCCAGGAAAAUUUCGAUGUAUCGGAAGAUGAAAAGCGCCUGGAGCAAGUCAAGGCUUUCCUACAACGCAAGGAGCUCGGCCACAACGCGAGCAACCUUGCACUUUCAUCAAUAUUCAAUCUGGGCAAGUCCCGGCGCCGACGCGAUCCUUUGGAUUACGGCCCCGCCAUGAUGGAAAUGCUUUUGAAGGAUGCGGUAGUUCGUGACUUUCUCGAUGAUGAGAACACGGAGCCUUUGCAAAACGUGAUAGGAAACCCCGGGGCCGGUAGGCCCACAUCUACAUUCCCAGUGAGCUCGAGUCGUGGCCUGGCAGGGCUGUGGCAAAGACUGAAAAACAAAUUUUCGGACCAGGAACCCAAUCCAUUCUACACGAGUAUCAAAUUUGACGGACCGAACGAUACUUUGGAUCCGCGACAGAUGGCUCGGCAUGUCGUGUCUGCAACAGCUGCGAGGCGCAAAGCUCAAAGAGAAUACCUCGCAAGACACCCGAACUACAACACGACACUAUACGUCUUCCCACCAGCUAGCAAACUGCGAAGGUUUUGCCAGAGACUUGUCGGCCCCGCUAGAGGGUUUGAACGAGUUGAUGGAGUUGACCCAACUAAGAUCGCGUGGUAUGCACUGUCGGCUUUUAUUUAUACCUGCGUUGUGGCGAUGGUGGCUAUUGCAUGCGUUACAACACCACUCUAUCAACGAGAAUACAGGGAAGGGCAUCAAUCAGACACUAUUAACUGGUUUGUUUGGACGGAUUUAGCAUUCGUACUUGUGUUUACGUUGGAGGCCGCUAUCAAGAUAAUUGCGGAUGGCGCAUUUUGGACCCCAAACGCGUAUCUACGGAGCCUAUGGGGAGUCAUGGAUACAUUGGUGUUGGUGACACUCUGGAUCAACGUCAUCACGCUCUUCAUCAAUGACGGAGCUAUUUCCCGCGCCGUAGGGGCAUUCAAGGCGCUUAGAGCCCUGCGGCUUCUGAAUGUCAGCAACAGCGCCCGAGACACCUUCCACUCGGUCAUAAUUGUUGGCUGGUGGAAAAUUUUUGGCGCUGCUUUUGUUUCGAUUUCUUUGCUUAUUCCGUUCGCCAUUUACGGGUUGAAUGUCUUCAACGGCAAAAUGAUAUCAUGCAAUGACGGUGACAACAUAACACUACUGGCACAAUGCUUCGGCGAGUAUGGCAGUACCCCUUUCAAAGAUGACUGGGUGAUGCUAGCCCCCCGCGUGGCAGACAAUUCCUAUUUCAAAUUCGAUGACUUCGGUUCGUCACUAUUUACACUUUACCAAAUUGUCAGCCAGGAAGGAUGGACAGAUGUCUCAUUCGCUGCCCAGGCCAUAACGGGGCGGGGGUCGCAGCCUCAAGACCUUGCCGCGCAGGGUAAUGCUAUGUUCUUCGUUAUUUUCAACCUGAUGGCUACUGUCUUUGUCCUCACAUUGUUCAUUUCAGUCUUCAUGCGAAACUAUACGGAACAGACUGGCGUCGCUUUUCUUACUGCAGAACAGCGAUCCUGGCUCGAGCUGCGAAAACUUUUGAGACAAAUAUCUCCAUCCAAGAGCUCUUACAAUGACAAGGGAAAAGAGUGGAAGCGGUGGUGCCACAAGAGAGCCAUAGAGAAACGUGGAAAGUGGUACCAGAUGGUCACAGUUGUACUCGUUCUUCACCUGGCCCUGCUCGUCGCAGAAUUUAACAAUGAGCCGCGAUGGUGGGCGAGGACUCGAGAAUUUGUGUCUUUGUUGUUCGUCCUAGUCUACAUGAGCAACAUCGCAAUCCGCAUAUUCGGACUGGGCUGGAGCAGAUUCAGGAAAAGUUCAUGGGAUCUCUAUGCUUUGGUUGUGGUCUCCGGAGCAUUCAUUGCCACCCUUUCACUUCUGAUCGCCAACACUCGUGGUGAGGCCUAUGAACAGCUGUACAAGAUAUUCCUGGUGGCCAUUAUUCUCCUGCUCAUACCGCGAAACGACGCAUUGGAUCAGCUUUUCAAAACUGCUGCCGCAAGCCUGACGGUAAUCAGCAAUUUGCUGGCCACGUGGCUAGUCUUGUUCUUGGUAUUUGCUAUCGCAAUGACGCAGGCGUUUAGUUUAACGCGCUUUGGUAGCCAAGAAACGAGCGACUUGAAUUUUCGUACGGUGCCCAAUGCCCUCAUUCUGCUAUUUCGCAUGAGUCUGGGCGAAGGCUGGAACCAGAUCAUGGAAGACUACGCAGGUAUUGAGCCACCCCUCUGCGUGAAGGACUCGACGUUCUUUGACAGUGACUGUGGAAGCAAGCCCUGGGCGAGAAUACUCUUCGUCGGGUGGAACAUCAUCAGCAUGUACAUCUUCGUCAACCUUUUCGUUUCCCUUAUCUAUGAGAGCUUUAGCUAUGUCUAUCAGCGAUCUAGUGGCAUGUCAGUUGUUGAUAGAGAUGAGAUCCGGCGCUUCAAAGAGGCAUGGAGAAGUGUUGACCCUGCCGGAACCGGAUAUAUUACCAAGGACCAAUUCCCCCGCUUGCUAGGUGAGCUCUCUGGUAUCUUUCAAAUGAGGAUCUACGACCCAGAGGACUCCGUCUCCCAAAUUCUUGACGACGUUCGCAGUGAUAUUCGAAUGUCACGCCAUUCUUCCAUUGUCGCUUCGAAUGCGGGCGGGGACAUUGACCUUGGCAGACUGAAUCGAAGACUGGCGAAGCUUGACGUUGAGAAAAUCCGAGCCAGGCGCCGGGUGUUCAACGUUUUCUUCGAGGAAGUUCUUGUAGCUGCAGAUCCCGACAGAGGUAUCGCGUUCUCAGACGUUUUACUGAUUCUUGCCCACUACAAAAUCAUCAACGAUAACUGGACGAAUUCUUGCGACGGAGAGCUCGACUUCAGCGAGUGGAUGAAGAGAUCCGACGAAGAACCGUUUUGGGCUUCUUUGACACUUUUCAUGACUGGGACUAACUUACAAUCCAGAUUCUGGUCAAGAAAGUUCAAGCAGCAUAUGAAUAUGAAGCGUUCCGCGCGUAUGACCAUGGUUCCUCAACUGAGCGUACCUGAAAUUUUAGUUGACGACGAGGAGCCAAACAAUGAUAUAGCUACUGGAACUUCUGACAGAACACAUAGGCCGCUGCUUCCUAGCCUUGACACUAGUCUGGAGACGCCGAGAAGACCAUCUGUCUGGGCCGGCGAGAUCUCGCCGCGCGACUCCGUCACUCAACACCCGUUGAGCUUCCCCAGAACAUCGGGAGGAGGGCUAUCCCCACCGGCUAGUCCUAUGCGAACGAGCUUUCAGCUCAGCCCCUCGGAUGCCUCCAAUGCACAGACCGAUCGCAGGGGUAGAUCCUUAAGCCCUGCCCAGGCCCGAGGCAUGUUGGACGAUUCUGUCUGGGUGGAAAGUAUUCGAAAAAGCAAAACUCUUCGCCGAUCGGACAAAACUGCCUAUAGAUAUGGAGAUCUCGGUUAA